AUGAGGCCCAGCAUUCUCUGGCUCCUGAGUGUUGUGGGCCUCAGCCAGGCAGACAGGGAGAAGAUCUUUAAUGGUGUUGAGUGUGUGAAGAACUCACAGCCUUGGCAGGUGGGGCUGUUCCAUGGCAAAUACCUGCGCUGUGGUGGUGUCCUUGUGGACCGCAAGUGGGUCCUUACAGCUGCUCACUGCAGUGGCAAAUACGUGGUGCGCCUUGGGGAACACAGCCUCACCAAGCUGGACUGGACGGAACAGUUGAGGCUCACCACCUUCUCCAUAACGCACCCCAGCUACCAGGGUGCCCAUAAGAACCAUGAGCAUGAUCUUCGACUCCUGCGGCUGGGUAGACCCAUCCGAAUCACCCACGCCGUCCGGCCACUGGCCCUGCCCAGCUCCUGUGCACCUAUGGGGGCCAAGUGUCAUAUCUCAGGAUGGGGUACCACGAACAAGCCAUGGGAACCAUUCCCAGACCGGCUUCAGUGCCUCAACCUCGCCAUUGUCUCCAAUGACACAUGCUGGGCCGUGUUCCCUGGAAGAGUGACGGAGAAUAUGCUGUGUGCGGGUGGUGAAGCCGGGAAGGAUGCUUGUCAGGGCGACUCUGGAGGACCCCUGGUGUGUGGAGGGGUUCUUCAAGGGCUGGUUUCCUGGGGAUCCGUUGGACCUUGUGGACAAAAGGGCAUUCCAGGAGUCUACACCAGGAUCUGCAAAUACGUGGACUGGAUCAGAGCGGUCAUCAGAAACAACUAGCUGCAUCCCCUGUCUGCAUAGCGCUCCUGCCUGCACGCAGCGCUGCUUAAGGCCGCUCUGACCCUCGGAGCACCGGCGUCUCCUCCCUCGACACUCCAAGCUGCUCCCACCCUUGUGAGCUUGGAGCCUCUUGAAACCUCAAGUGUGCCUAUGAAAGUGGAAAGGGGCCUGUCUAACUGUCUGGAAUAAAAGUUAU